GCGUCAAACAGCACUGCCACACGCUACCCAACACUUUCAUAUUUGAAAUACUGACAGCUGCCUUGCAGCGGCGGCGGAUAUCUUUUAACACAAAUUUAAUUUAAGCUAUACUAGUAACAAAAUUGUGCAAAAGCUGUAUGAAAAUGUACACGGAUGAGGUGAGAACACCGCAAGCAUUGCAGACACACUACUAUUCAAAAGUUGGCGAAGUAAAAUGCCGUUCCCUGGCGAACAACAGACGCAGCAGCGCCAACAACAGUGCCGAGAGCUGCGCCACGCCAACGAAUGGCGCCAAACAAAAGAUGAGCUGCAGUCCUAAAAUGUCCAUAAUAUGUACACCGCCUCCAAAGCGCUUUCACAAGGUUCGCAAUCCUUUUGAAGGGGCACUCACUGAUCGUCUGCAUUUGCCGCUUAUUGCCAGUCCCUCACUGUUUCAAUGCCGCUCACACACUCCACAACUCUCGUCCACACAAUUUGAAUGGGACAUUGAGGAAGUCUCUCAACUCAAGCCCGCCGAUGUGGAGCCGCAUGAAACCCAAUUCCACGACUCACCCGAUCCUGAACAGGAGUCGAAGGCGCAGCUAGCCAUUAGCACAUUUUUUAAGGAGUCUCAGAUCGUGCCCAGUCCUGUGGACUGUCCGCUGCGUAGUCGACGCAUUAUUUUGUCGGAAAUUCAAGGCGACACACCCAUUUCAAACAAAACCACAGGACCACGCCGCGUCCGUGACUGCGAGGUACAAACUGAACUGACAUUGCCGCCUGUGCUGCCCAAAGCAUUAGAGGACGCUCUGCGUCCCUAUCUGCAGCCUCAUUUGGCUGGUAGUAUGAGCGUGCCCCGAAAAUCUCCCGGAGGCGAUAUUUUUAACAGCUCGAUGCGUCGGAAAUUAUUCGAUCUCCACAAUGUUGUUGUGCUGGGUGAGAGCCAGCAGCCCGAACAGGAUCACGUGGUGGGCUCAAGUCCCCAGGCCAAGCAGACGCUCUUUGCCGGCCGUCUUUCGGACUCUACAGGCGAUGAAGGUUCCAACAGCUUUGGCUGUCUCUCGCCCAUUCGCAAUUCAUGUGGCCUUCGGCAAGGUACCCCCGAUGAUGGAAAUGGCUAUCGCAAGCGGAAAAGCCUGCUCCACGAACUGGAGUUGCCUUCACCCAUUGCUCAAUCGGAGCAUUUAAGUCGUCGAAUGCGUAAUGUUGAGCACACUUCAAGAAGCAGCUAUCGCGAGCAGAGUAAUACAAGUGAGCACGUGACUCUCUCGGAGCUAACGACCACAGGCUGUGCGGUGACACACAAUAAUUUCACGCCCGAACGUAGCUCCUCACCCAUGCAGCUGCUAGAAUACAGCUCUACAGACUGCAGCAUUAAUCAGCGCGUUAGUCGCUUGCGCGUGAAUAGUACACGCCAGAUAGCCCAGAAGUUGUCGAUACAGGAGGUCGAAGAGACCGGCGGUGAGGACGAUAAUGAGGGGGAGGACGACGAGCCCGAAACGGAGGAUGAAGAUGGCAUGCAGGUGUCUCAACUCUCAACUCACAGCUUCAACUGCAGCUCCUCCAAUUCGGACACGCCACGCGGCCUUCAUCGUCGUUCUGCCAAUCGUAAGAAUCUCUCUCAAUCGUUUAACGCGAACACCAACUGGUCGGAUGACGAGGCCGAACAAGUGGAUCAGCCAGAUCAGGAGCAGGCCCAAAAUGCAAUACGGACUAUUGGAAAUACGGUGGAGGAGUGGCUCCCAAUUACAAAUGAUUUGCCGACCGAACCGGUCGGUUUUUAUCGCACAGACAGUGGAUUCAAUGAUACUAGCAGUGUCUCAACGUUUGCCUUCUCGCAGGAAUUGCCAGCCUCUGACGGUGGAGCCCUAGAUGUGAGCAUGGUUUGCUGUUCUACGCCCUCAACUCGUUCCUGACAUACAUACGUUCCUGUUAAUACUUAUAUAUACAUUUGUAUUCAAUUUUAGUCUAAAUUCGCAAUCCUAGACUCAAACUGCAAUGUUGCCCACCGAAUUUAAGGCCUUCUCGAUGUUUAAUCAAUUGUAUUGUGUUAACGUUUAAGUUAUUCUAUGUAAAUUUUUGUUUAUGUAAUGUUUCGUCUUCAUGUUUGCCAAAUAGUCUUAAGUUCACACAUAUUUGCAAUCACACAUACAAUUCGACGCUUAAUUCAGUAAAUUAAAGUUAAUAAAUAUUAAAUAAAUA